UCUGGAUAGGCGCUUCAAUCGCAGCGCAUAUCGAACUUGACGUUCGUUUUCGUGUGUGUGCCGUGUGUACUCUCUGCACGAUGAGCAAGUUCAUUUUGAUUAGGUGGGUCCUCGACAACGCGCUGGAUGUCUGCCCGCUCUCGGCCUUGGAAAGCAAGGAGAUCCGUGAACGUCUCACGAACGACGCGGACGCCAUCGGACCUUUGCGCGGGUCCCGCGUGGAUGUCAACAGAUGGGAAGAGCCCGAGGAGGCGAUUAUCAUCGACGCCGGGUUGAAAGAGAUGAUGAGGAAGAGAAGGCAGUGGCUUGCAUCGGAAGCCGCUUCGGAAUCCCAAGCCAACCCGCAAAAUGCCCUUUGCUGCCAGCACCAAGAGGAGGCUAGAGAACUACGGGAAGCAAAACAGAGGCUCGAGGAAGACAACGAAAGGCUCACGGAGCUGCUGCAGUCGUCGAAGGAGAGGCUGAAGAAAGCGGAGGAAAUGUUAGAUUGCUGCGACAUGGCCAAAGACCUUAGAAGAGGACUGAAACGCUUGCGGGAGAUAGAAUGCAGUCAGUCACCAGCCAAAGUGAGCCAUGCGACACUGGUUGACAUCGGGAACAAUGUGCUCGUCAACGAGGCGGCCCUCGUGCGGGCGAGGGAGAAGGACAAAGGAGCAGGCUCCUUCGCACGGGCACUGCUCGGCUUGGUGUUUAGCGACGAGGAGCUGACAGGGAGGUCCCUCACUGGCAGAAAGUCGAAUGCCCACAAAGACGCCGCGGCCAAGGAGGCCUUGGACCCCGUUCGUCUCAACGCCAUCAUCGCUCACACGAUCAGGGAGUAUGGCGACGUUGAGAAGCAAGUGAAGGCAAGUCUGUCGUCCUUCCUGUCCAGGGGCCACUAACGCCAACUUGGCUUUUUCAGAAAGCGAGCAGUCAAGCCCGAACGAUCGUCUCUAUGUGUCAUAAAUGCUGACGCACAUUUUCCUGUCGGCACCAGUCAUCAACACUGUAAUAAAGUUCCCAUUCUUGUCUCAUGAA